AUCACUAUCAUCUUAGCUUCUUCCUCUUGUUUCCUUGUUCUCCAUCCGGUUUUAUUUCCCUUCACAAGCCUUGUGUGCAUUCUAUUAUCAGAUCGGUAGAGGAUCCACCGAAUUAUCGGCUGCUGCGAGGGGAAGGGAGAGAUGGGGAGAGGGAAGAUCGCGAUCCGAAGGAUUGAUAGCUCGACCAGCCGGCAGGUGACCUUCUGCAAGCGGCGAAGCGGUCUGUUAAAGAAGGCCAAGGAGCUCUCCAUCCUCUGCGAUGCUGAGAUCGCCCUUUUCAUCUUCUCCAGCACCGGCAGGCUCUAUGAUUUCGCCAGCUCCAGCAUGAAAUCAAUAAUUGAGCGCUACGACAGGACAAAGGAGGAGCAUCAUCAGGUUUUAAAUGCAACUUCAGUUAAGUUUUGGCAAUGGGAGGCAGCAAGCUUGAGGCAACAAUUGCAGAACUUACAAGAAAAUCAUCGGCACUUGAUGGGAGAAGAGUUGUCUGGCUUAAGUGUCAAAGAUCUACAAAAUCUAGAGAACCAGCUUGAAAUGAGUCUACGUUCUGUCCGAAAGAAAAAGGAACAAAUUCUGACCAAUGAAAUUCAAGAAUUGAACCGAAAGGGUCACCUCAUUCACAAUGAAAACAUUGAACUCUACAAGCAGGUAAACCUCACACAUCAAGAAAACAUGGAGUUACGUGAGAAGGUGUGUGCAACAAAUGAGUUAAAUGGAGGAGCUAGUAAGGAUACAAUUAUUCCAUAUGGUCUUACUAUGACUGAGAACUCAAAUGCACCGAUUCAUCUUGAGUUAUGCCAACCUCAACAGCAAACGGAUGGGACGCAAGCAAGGGUUCUGAAGCUAGGAUUUCAACUGCAUUAAGAAGAUGACAAGUGAUCAAUAUGCAUCAUCUUUAGAGACCAUCAGCCUAGUUGCCAAGGCUUCUAUGGCUUGUUAUCAGCAAUAACAUCAAUGUAUGAGCAAGAGAGAGAACAAUAUUCAGCAGUCGCUUAUGUGUGGUGUGACAUGAUCCAAAGAACAGUUACUUUGUAAAGCAAACUUCCAACUAGGACUAAUAAUAAUAUGACAGAUAUGUCUGUUUAAGAA